AUGCCACCUCCUUACUCGCUCGAGCCUCUCCCGGAAACCGUAUCGGUCGCCAAUGGCAUAGACCUGACCCCGGCUGAUACCGUGGUGCCGCGAGGGCCGGACACCAUCGACGCUUCGGAUGCCAUGUUGGAGCUUUCCCAGAUGAAUAUAGACUUACACAUCCGCGUUGCAGCUGUUGAGAGGAACAAAGACACCCUGGACUUCAACAGCGUAAUCUACCCGCAGAGCGUGCUGUACAUCGACAACUCUACCCUAGCUGAGUUCAUGAUCAAGACGUCUCGAGACCUCCUACUGAUACUCACGAGGCUUCUCAGUAGCCGAGAGUCUCGUGGCCGGCUGUGCUAUUCAGCUAUGGCAGAAGCACCAUUUCCAAAACUGCUAUCGCCGUCGCGAACCUAUCCAAGCGAUCACCAUCUGCCCAUCUCCCCCGUCGCCGCUGCGGAGGAACCACUGUCCGCACCCAUCGCCCUCGCCAUCACGAGCAUCUUUACCCAGAUGGCUUCGCUGUACGAGCUGAUCCUUGAACACAUAACCGCUCGUGUGGAGCGAAUCGCUACCGACCCCAUCAUCCCUGUUCCAGGCUUCACCUUUGGUGGGAUUCCCCUGGACAGACCAUGUACGCAGGGUAUGCUAUUCUCCGAAGUCAUUGUGCAUCUGCUGGAGAGGAUAGAGCGGGCUCUGGGCAUUGGUCCGGUUUCCGUGGGUGGUGAGGCGGGUCUGCUGGCGGCGAGGCAGAUACAGGUGCUCUGGAGUGAGCUAGACGGAAGACGUGAGAUUAUCCCUGGUCGUACCGUCAUGAGACCUGCCGACUUGAGGAGAUUGUUUGGAAAAGUGGCGGACAUCUUUAGACAACUGCACUAG